AUGAAUGUCUCUGCUCUGCCAGAUGAACAGCAGUGUGAUGAGGAAGGUUCCGAAAGCCUUGAGCUCCCUGGCUCCUUGGCCGGAAAGUGGGAAGAGGUUUUCUCAAGCCCGGAGGAAGAGAUGAAGUCAAGCAGCAAGAGCCAGAGCGGAUCGACCCCGCAGCAAAGAACCCCAACGGGCAACGGGCUGAGGCGCUCCUCUCGCCGUGGGAGAGACUUGGCCAAGAAGGAUGUUCCCGAGGAUGUGGCCGUGGAGGAGGGGCCGUACAUCUGCUGCGAGUGCGGGGUGAGCUUCCUGGACAAGGAGCUCUUUGCCACCCAUCAGAAGGAGCACGCCAGCGAGGAAGCCUGCACUUCCCUGGAGCACGGAGAAAGCUUCCGGCAGAAAUCCAAAACUCCGAAAGGCCAAGGGUCUUCCCGCUCCAAACCGUCCAAGCGCCCCGACGGGGAGAAGAGCUCCGGUUUCAAGUACGGCUUUGUCAGGCACCAGGUGAACAACAUGGUGGAGAGACCGUACACCUGCUCCCAGUGCAAGGAGAGCUUCAGCCUGGAAGUGAGCCUCAUCUUGCACCAGAAGCUCCAUACGGGGAAGGGUGACGGGCCGCUGACGUGCACCUACUGCGGGAAGGACUUCCGAGACCUCUCCAAAGCCAUCCGCCACCAGCGCAUCCACACCGGAGAGAGGCCGUACCAGUGCACCGAGUGCGGGAAGAGCUUCAUCCGGCGGGACCACCUGCUCAAGCACUGGCGAGUCCAUACCGGGGAGACCCCCUACCAGUGCCCCGUCUGCGGGAAGCACUUCCGCUACAAAGAGUCCCUGAAUUGUCACCAGAAAAUCCACUCCCGCAACCCCCGGCCCAUGGAGGAUUCGCAGCACAACCUGGAGUCGGCGACCCAAACCGGCGACUUCUGCGUGAAAAAAGAAACUAAGCAGUAG